AUGAGCAACAUAUACAUUUCAGAGCCGACUACUAGAGGGAAAGCGGUUUUGGUUACCAACUAUGGCGACUUGGAUGUCGAGCUUUGGAGUAAAGAAGCUCCUUUAGCCUGUAGGAACUUUCUACAACAUGCCAUCGACGGCUAUUUUGAUGGUUGCAUAUUUCACAGAGUAAUAAAGGGAUUCAUUGUUCAAACCGGAGAUCCCACUAACACUGGCCUUGGUGGUGAAUCCAUCUACGAGACCCCUUUCAAAGAUGAGUUUCACCAGAGAUUGAAAUUUACUCGGAGGGGCCUUUUGGCUAUGGCUAAUAGCGGGCCAAACGAUAACCGUAGCCAAUUUUUUAUAACCCUUGAUCGGUGCGACUCUCUAAAUAAAAAGAACACUAUUUUUGGGAAAGUUACGGGUGAUACUAUAUAUAACCUUGUGAGCAUCGGAGAGGUUGAAACUGAUAAGGAUGAUCGUCCUAUAGUUGAUGUAGUUAUAAAAUCUAUUGAAGUAUUAUAUGAUCCUUUUGAAGAUAUUGCUCCUCGCGUGGUAAAAACAAAAUUUAGAACCGGUGAAAAUAAAGAAAGCCAACAAAAACGGCAAUCUUUAAACAAAAUAAAAGAUAAGAACCUUUUAUCAUUUGGAGAAGAACCAGAAGACGAAACUUUGAUUUUAGUUUCAAAAAAAAUAAAAAGCAGUCAUGAAUUAUUAGAAGACAGUACUCUAAGCAAAGAGCCUAUUCAACUUUCUAGUUUCAAGGAAUUUGAUCAACUAGUCAACGAAGUUCCCUUGAUUGUGCCAUCCUCGGGAUCUCUAGAGAAAGAAGAAAGCAAAGAUGACAAAGAGCAAAACGAAUUUCCUGGUGCUUCCGCACCAUCUAUUCCUCCUAAAGUUUCUUCAUCUAAAAAGAAAAAAGAAGUCGUGAUCAAAGACACCAGCGGGAGCGAUUAUUUGUCCCAACAAAAAGUGAAAUAUUCCUGCGGGAAAAAUGCAAAAUACGAACAAAAUAAGAAGGCUGAAGCGAUGCUGGAGGACUUUAGAAACAAGCUAAGCAGUCAAGAGCCGACCUGGUUGACCCAUAAACUCGAAUUUGUAGAAGAAGAAAACACCACUCUUCCUAUGGAUCCCAGCAUUGACAAAAUCGAAGAAAGAUAUGAUUUGCACGACCCAAGGCACCCUUUAAACAGAAGAAGACGCGAAAACAGCAAGAAAAAGAUGGAGCUCUUCAAGCAUAACUCUUUUAGUAAUAAAGACAUCCGCCCAAAGUGGUGACCAGAACAGUUUUGCCUACACGCCUUAAAAAUAAAUGA